UCAAGCUAGCGCGUUACCUCUUAUGCUCCUUUAAACGUGUAGCAAGUACGUUUAACUUCCUCUGUUUAAGAAGCUGUUACUAGGAUGGAUAGAUGAUUUAAUAAAGGUAUUUAUAAAGAAGAAAACACAGCUGACAAGCCAACAUGAGCGACGUUGUGGAGAAGACGCUGACAGCUCUGCCGAGCCUGCUGUCUUUAGACUCUCUCUCUGGAUCUACAACACUGUCCUCCACCUCGAAACUAGGAAACCUCAUCAGAGGGAUCACCGAGUUAACAUCCAAACAUGAAGAGGAGAAACUUAUUCAACGUGAACUGACAUCUAUCAAAGAGCAGGUGUCCUCCCCGAACAUCUCCACGAGGCAGAUGAAGGAGCUCAUGGUGAGAGCGAUCUACUGUGAAAUGCUGGGUUAUGAGGCUUCGUUUAGCUAUAUUCACGCCAUCAAACUGGCUCAACAAGGCACUGGUCUGGAGAAAAGAGUCGGUUAUCUCGCCGUGUCUUUGUUUCUGAAUGAAAGUCACGAGCUGCUUCUGCUUCUUGUGAACACUGUAUUAAAGGAUCUUCAGAGCACAAAUCUUAUUGAAGUGUGCAUGGCGCUCACUGUUGUCAGCCAAAUGUUCCCCAAAGAUAUGAUUCCUGCAGUCCUUCCUCUGGUCGAGGAGAAACUUAAUCACCCAAAAGAAAUCAUUCGAAGGAAAGCAGUCCUGGCUCUGUAUAAGUUCUACCUAAUCGCGCCGAACCAAGUUCAACACAUCCACAACAAGUUUCGUAAAGCUCUGUGUGACAAGGACCCUGGCGUCAUGACGGCGUCACUGCACAUCUACUUUCAGAUGAUCCAGGAGAAUCCAGAAGGUUAUAAAGACCUGACAUCAAGUUUUGUCACCAUACUGAAGCAAGUGGUGGGAGGAAAACUGCCCAUGGAUUUCAACUAUCACAGUGUUCCUGCUCCAUGGCUGCAAAUGCAGCUUCUCCGAAUACUGGCUAUUCUUGGGAGAAAUGAUCAGAGUACAAGUGAGAUCAUGUAUGAAGUCCUCGACGAGUCUUUACGAAGAGCAGAGAUAAAUCAUAACAUCACCUAUGCAAUAUUAUACGAGUGUGUAAAAUGCAUUUACACAAUUCAUCCCAAAUCUGAACUUUUGGAAAAAGCUGCAAAGUGCAUCGGCAACUUUGUUCUGUCACUGAAGAUUAAUCUCAAAUAUCUCGGCUUGAAGGCCCUCACCUAUGUGGUCCAGCAGGAUCCUAAACUGGCCCUUCAGUAUCAGAUGACCAUCAUAGAGUGUCUCGAUCACUCCGACCUCAUCAUCAAGCAUAAGACACUGGAGUUGCUCUUUCGGAUCACUAACGCCCAGAAUGUCUCAGUCAUCGUGGAGAAGAUGCUGGCGUUCCUGCGCGUCAAUAAAGAUGACUACGCUACGAUUGACCUGGUGGGGAAGGUGGCAGAGUUGGCAGAAAAAUAUGCACCAGAUAAUGAAUGGUUCAUUGAGACCAUGAGCACAGUGUUUUCAGUGGGUGGAGACAUGAUGCAGCCUGACAUCCCAAACAGCUUCCUUAAACUGCUGUCUGAGGGCUUUGACAGCGUGGAGGAAGACAGGAAGUUGAGGCUGUUUGCCGUGGAUUCAUAUAUUUCUCUGCUGCAAGGAGAGCCUGGCAAACUGCCACAGCGCUUCCUCCAAGUCAUCAGCUGGGUCCUCGGUGAAUACUCCUAUCUGCGGGAGGAGCUCGAAGCGGCCACGGUCCUGAGGCUGCUGGCCAAACUUUUGGACAUGAAGAGCACCAGCAGUGAAACCAAGAGCUGGGUCCUCAUGGCGAUGACCAAGCUCUGUGAGGGCGGGGCAGGUGUCUCUGUGAUCCAGGAGGUUUGUGGAACAUACUGCAGCUCCCUGGACACAUUGCUGAGGCAGAGGGCUCAGGAGCUGCAGCACCUCAGCCAAGACUGUGAACUACGAGCCAGGGUGCUUCCCCGAGGCGCCGGCCUGGAGCGCCUGGAGGUGGAUUCCUCUCUGUCGUUUCUGGAUGGAUUUGUGUCGGAGGCGUUGGCAGCUGGCGCUGCUCCGUACAAGCCUCCCCAUCAACGGCAGGAGGAGCUCGCUCAGGCAAAAGCGUUGAGCCUGGAGCCGUACGGCCUGUCCCUGCCCAUCAGCAUGUCCUCCUGCAGCAUCGCAGACAGACAGUCUCCCACACUGUUGUCUGUGAGCUCUGGUCUGUCAGGCGAAAGCCCCGACCUCUCUCACAAAGGAGGCACAACAACUCUGAAGCUGGACGGUGUGAAGAGGGUGUGGGGGAGGGAGGGCUACCUGUCGCAGAGCGAACCUGUGGAGGAGCCCGCCCAUGUUGAGGUGCCCAGCCCCCUUCAGUCACCCAGCCAGCAGGGAGAGGCUGACCGUUCCCACAGCCAGACUCCCACUCCGACCCCUCAGCCCGAACAAGAGAAACAGCAGCUGGCCUCGUCGCUGUUUGUGGGCCUGGGCUCCCAGAGCUCUGUGUGUCUGAUGGGAAAAUCUGAGUCGACAACCCAGCGACUCAGAAGAAAAGCAAAAGGUCCGGUUUCAUCCUCGGCUGCCAGCGAGCAGAUAUCCAACUCCCCCGUCUCUCCUCCGAGCACAGCAAAUAAUUUGCUGGGUAACAACCUCCUGGACUUCAACAUCACCUCAGACUUGUCUGUUUCUUCACUCGAAUCGACAUCCCAACUCUCUCAGGGCCCGGCUGCUGCGAACGGCAUCUGUGAAGUAGAGUUAACAGACAUGACGGAAAGUAGCCCCGCUCUCAUGAGGGAUAACGGUGUUGCAGCUGCUGAUCCGACUCCACAUGAAGACCCAGACGAGCUUAAAGACGCGUGUCUCCGUUCUCAUCUUCCUGCAGAAUUCUCUGGACUCUGUCACUCAGACAUCACUCCUCUGUGCACAAACCAAUCUCUGGAUUUCUUGGCCUGUCAUUUGCAGAAAGAGGAUUCUUUAUCGCUGGUUGUUUUCAUUUACAACUCCUCUGACUCUGACAUUCAGCAGAUACUACUGGAGCUGGACUCGGAUGAACUUGAGGUAUCCUGUGUGUGUGGCAGUGCAGUGCAGGAGGCGAGAAGCCACAGCGUAGCGGUGUGUCAGUAUUCCCUGACUGUGAAGAGGCCUUCAGUCCAUGUGGAAGUGGUUGGGAUGGCGUCUUACCGGUGUCCUGCCGAGACGCCUCAGUCGGCGCGGUUCUCAUACAAGCUUCCUCUCACCAGCUUCAUCAGACCGUUGACCGUGUCCACAGAGGAGUACGGGGCCAUGUGGCUGGACUUCUCUCACGAUACAAAGCAGAAGCUGACCCUGGGAAGUGAUGGCCGGGAAUCUCUCGCCGACACGCUGAAUGUGCUGAAGAAGAAACUUAAUCUUCAUGUCGUGGAAAUCAUUGGUGAACAAACGUACGGAAGGUAUUGUAGCUUGCCGGCUCCUCCGAGAUCAGCCGUGUCUGAUGCACUGUCGCCUGCACGCGGGGUCGCUGUCCGUGUGGCUGCGCUCUCCGGUGCCCGACCUGCCCGACUGCCUGAUGUACCACUGUCAGAGAGCUUUACAGGAGCACUGAGCCGCCGACCGCCACUCCUCCACUUACUGCACUGAGCAACGGGACCACCUGACCCUCAACCACCAAGGAAGAAGCUACACAGAGCCUUACGCAGAACAUCUCGCUCAUCUCUCCCACUAUAAGUUACAAACAUUUGUAUUUUGUCCUCAAAUCAUCUAUUUUCAACAUCAAUUGCUGGAAUAAUUCACAGGCUCACAACGGUUUGAGUGUCAUGGCUGGAAUAACCUCAAGUGAUUGUGUUUGAACCUUCUGUGAGUGUUUGACAUUUCAGAUAUAAUAAUGUCUUAAGAUUUUGACUUCACUUGACAACUUCAAUAGGCUCAAUCAUUGUUAGGAGUGAAAUAAAUGAAUGACUGAAUAAUAAGUAUGAUAUUCUUGGAAUGAGGUGAAAUUCAUCCAUUUCUACAGUUAUUGUUCGCCUGCAUGCUGAAGAAAGAGAGAGAGAUCAUGUCCUGCUUUUUAAUUUGUAACAUUAUUUUAAAGAAUCAGCACAUUUUUCUAGACUAGAAGAAUCAUAACAGUGACGCUCAAAUUUGUUUUAUUCAGACAAAGACAAAAAGGUCAUUUGGGUUAUUUUCAAGUUCAUCAAGACUUACACUGGUAAUGUUAGUUAUUAGGUGUUUUGUAAAAGAAAUGGGAAAUAUUGAUUUGUUUUAAGAUUACCAAAUUAAUUGUUCAUUAAGCAGCAAUGCCCGUCUGUGAUGUCCACUUGUCUUUGUGACGCUGCCUACCGUGUGAUAGUAUAAUCUAUGCACUCAUGUUUCUGUCAUUUUCAUUUAGAGGUGGAUUUCAGUGGUCUUUGAUUAUUAUAUUUUUAUAUCAAUACAGUAUUAUAAACAUAUUUAUUGAAUUAAUUUUCUUACUGAAAAUAUUUUACAUUAGUUUUUCUGAAAGAAAGAAAAUCAUCGUGUUCCAUGUGUGUUUGAGCGUGCCGUGCCAGAUUGGAUUAGUUUAGUUCUAUACUUUAAUUCAACCUGAAAGGAAAGGUGUCCUCGGGGGACGCGCAGCGUGAAGCUAGCAAUGUGGCUCGAGCUCAACUUCGACCCAACGCCUUAUGUUCUAACGCCACGUGGCGUGUUUGAUUUGUGCCUGUGGUACAGACUCAGUGCUGGUUCUUACAGUGCCUAUCACUACAUUCUGCUAACUUGUGAAUAAAUCCAACACAUAUGUAAACAAA